CUCUGUACCCUCUCCGAGCACACUACUCCUCCGCAAGUCACUAAUUCUCAUAUAAUGCCUCCCAAAAAGUUUCUUGCAUCCAAGGAAGCGACGCUCUUCAAGGAACUUCUCGGUCUUUACGAAAACAGGCAGCUCAAGAAGGGCAUCAAGACUGCAGACGCAAUACUCAAGAAGAAUCCAGAGCAUGGCGAGACAUUAUGUAUGAAAGGCCUCAUUCUGACCCACAUGGGCAGACGGGAAGAAGGCCUCGAGCUCGUUCGGAAAGGCAUCCGCUUUGAUCUUACCUCGCAUAUCGUCUGGCACGUCUUCGGUCUCAUCCAGAAGGGAGAGAAAAACUAUGAGGAGGCUCUCAAGUCGUACACGCAAGCGUUGCGCUUCGACAAGGAGAAUAUGAACAUCCUCCGCGAUGCUGCCCACCUGCAAACCCAACUUCGUCUCUACGACCAACUUGUCGACACCCGGCACACGCUCCUCCGACUCCGUCCAAACCUUCGCCAGAACUGGAUCGGACUUGCGGUGGCCCAUCAUCUGAACGGGAACGUCGCAGAGUCCAAGAAGAUACUGGAAGGGUACGAGAAGAUGUUGAAGAACGUGCCAGAUUACGAUGCAGAACACUCUGAAGCGGUCUUGUACCACGUACGUGUGUUGGAGGAGCUGGAGGAGACCGAGGAGGCUUUGCGCUUGCUCGACAUCAGUGCAAAGUCGAGGGUCAUCACGGAUAGAGUGGCGAUCAUGGAGACGAGAGCACGAUUGCUCUCCAAGAUGAACUCGGAACACGGUGCAGACGAAGCUUGGCGCUCACUCAUUCAACAUAACCCAGAUAAUCAUGAGUAUUAUCGCGGCUUGUUGAAGAGCAAAAACAUCGACCUAGACGAUAUCUCAGAAACGAAUCGCGAAGAAGCACUCCACAUCUUAAAGGAGCUUUCGGAGCAGAAUCCCCGUGCAGAUACACCCAAACGACUCGCUCUGACCGUCGCCACAGGUGACGAAUUCAAAACCCUCGUACAGCCCUACCUCCUCCGCGGCCUCAAAAAGGGCAUUCCCUCCCUCUUCGCAGACGUCAAAAGUCUUUCCUCGGACCCUACAAAACGACAGAUCAUACAAGAAGUCGUGGAGUCGUAUAAAUCGCUCGAGGAAUCCGGCGCCGUUCUCUCCGAACCCUCCACCUCUGAUCCCUCCGCCACCGAGUCCUCUGCGGGAGCGUCGUCUUCAGCCCACGAACCGCCAACAACCUACCUCUGGACACUCUACUUCCUCGCCCAACACUACUCCUCCGUCCCCUCCCCCUCCCUCUCCUCAUUGACCGCCGACUCCCCCGCACAAUCGCAAUCGCGACCCGAUCAUGACCUCUCCCUUUCCCUCCUCGACACCGCGAUCCAACAUACCCCCACUUUGCCUGAACUCCUUAUGUUUAAGGCGAGGGUCUUGAAGAGGGUGGGAGAUCCCUGGGGGGCGGUGGGCGCGAUGGAGGAAGCGAGGAGGCUGGAUGGGCAGGAUAGGUUCUUGAAUGCAAAGUGUGGGAAGUAUUGGUUGAGGGCUGGGGGAGUGGAUGAGGCUUCGGAGGUGUUCGGGUUGUUCACCAAGAAAGACGCGCCGAGCCCGGGGUCGGACUUGGAGGAUAUGCAGUCGUUGAUAUAUCUCACUGAAGAAGCCAACGCGCAGAACCGGGCGGGAAAGCUACAUCUUGCGCUCAAAAAGUAUCAUGCGAUACACAAGGUCUUCGACGAGAUCGAGGACGACCAGUACGAUUUCCAUGGAUAUUCAAUACGCAAAUCUACCGUCAACAUCUACCUCGACCUUCUCAAGUGGGAAGACAAGCUCAGAGCCCAUCCUGCCUACGUCGCCGCCGCAAUCGCCGCUACUCGAAUAUACAUCAAGGUGCACGACGACCCUUCCGCCGCCCAGGCUUGCUUAGAGUCCGGCAAUACCGACUCUGACAAGAAGGCGAAGAAGAAAGCGAAGAAGGCGGCUCAUAAGGAGAAGCAGGCAGAGGAGAAGAAAGUCUCCGCAAGCGAGGACAAAGGCCUCGACGUCCCGCCCGCAAAAGACGAGGACCCGGAUGGCUCGAAACUUCUCACGUCUACUGAUCCCCUUGAGAAAGCGUGGAAAUUCUUGAGUCCUUUACUUGCUAUCAUCGACGCCGAGAGCGAGAGUGAGGAUGUGCAGAGGGUGAAGAAGGACCCUCGCGUGUGGAUUGCGCUUUAUGAUGUUUCUGUGAGGAGAGGAAAGUGGCUACUGGCUGCGAGGGCGUUGACCGCUGCUAAAGCUCUCAAUGGUGAACACCCCGAGCUUCACUCUCGGCUACUCCACUUCCGCAAAACUCACUCAUCACUAUCCGAACCACUCCCUGAUUCCACGGCUGCCAUCGUCUCCGAAGCCCUUUCUGCUCUCCUCCCCGCCGAAAGCGAACAAACGAGCGAAGCCUACAACUCUUCAUACCUGCAACGACACCCGAGCGAUCCCCGUGCGGUCUUGGCUGCUGCACAGGGAUUGAAGGUACUCCACGGUUCAAGAGAAGAGGUCGAGAAUCUCCUGUUCGGGGUGUUGGGGCCCGAGGUGAUACUAGAUAUUCCGACCGCACUCGACAUCAUUUCCUUCCUCAAAGACCUCAAAUCACCACGAACAGGCGAAUUCCGUGUAGCCUGCGACUCCAAGUUCGAGAAGUCGACGGUGUUCAAGCUGCCGGCGGAGCAGGCGGAACUGAAGAAAAAGGUGAAGGAAGCUGAGAUAGUACCUGAGGAGUCUGGGAAGGGAGAGAAGGAGGUGAUGGCCUGAUUCGCCUGUGCAAGGACUGGAGAUUAGAUUGGUGUCGUGUAGCCACUGUGUUCGCUGCUAGUGUAGGAUGUGGAACGAGGAAAGACUAACAAGAACUGCACGUUUCUCGACUC